UCUAAAACAAAAAUUAUAUGUUACAGGGUUCUCAUUCGGCAUUUGUUUUCGCUAUAUCUAUGUCCGAAUUGGAAAAUUUUAUCUCAAAAUUUUUCGAAUUUUCGAUUUAAUGUAACAGAAAGGUUCUACUUUCUGUGAAAUUUGAAUCUAGAAAUCAGUACGAGUUUGCUGAAUACCAAGUAGCUUUUCCUGGGUCGCGAAGAGGGAUACAACAAUGCAAGCUGUACAGUACAAACCAGCCUACGGCAGGAACUUAGUAAAAGAAAACAUGAGAAGUAAGGGCGAGAAUGCAUCACCAGACUUUAAAAACAGAACUUUCACUCCGGCACUGUCGCGCUCCAAGCCAGACAGAUGUGUAAGAAGGAAUUCUAAGAUAUCAACUCCAAAGGAGAAAGCACUGGUUGCAUCUUUGCAUGGUAUUUUCAACAAAUCUCGUUCAGCAAGUAGAAGAAAAUAUUUACCAAGAUACCACAGAUCUCAUCAGGAAGAGCGUCAGAAAGCAGAGCCAAGCAAUUCAUCCCAGUAUAGUGCUCCUCUUAAUCUUCAGAAGAAGCAACUGUCUGUCUCACUAAGAAAAAAGCGCCUGGCGAAAAGAAAAUCCACUACAGCAAAAACUGGACAAUUCAGUGGGGAUAUCAGGCUCUUCAACAAACAAAAUGAUGGUCCAGCAGUGGUGUCAUUGCAGUCAAAUGCUUGGAAUACAGUACCAAACAUUUCUUCAAACAUUUUUGCCCAUAGAGCUUUCCAGCUGAAAAGCAAUAGGGAGAACAAAGUAUUGCAAAGAAAGUUGAAAAGUCUGGCAAAAUUUUGGCAAAAUGAUGCUGCUAACAUCCCAAAAUCAUAUGCAACAGAUUCAGAUGAAAAUCACAAUAUGUUGAAUGACCAAAACUCAUCUGCAUCACAGAACACAACAUUGACUUCAUGCACUUUUGAUGCAACAGCUAAAGAUACUCUGGGAGCAUCUACUGUUGACACUGGAACAACUGAAGUUGUACAAUUAAAUAAUAAGAAUAUGUCUGCUGAAACUGAAAAUGAGAAUCAUUCUUCUACUGAAAAUGAGAAGUCAGUAAAAUCUUCAAAAAGAAAUAUUGAUGUAGAACAAAAACCACCUGAUACAUCUACACAGGAGAUUUUAAAUACAUCCUGCUCAAAUCGAAAAGAAGAUAUAUUAAGACAUCUGAUAUCUGAAGAAGAACAGGCAUUUGAACAACAAUUAACAGAUGUGGAUUACCAACUUCGAUAUGUUCCUCCUUUGGUUCUGAAAAGAAAGAAAAUUUUCAGCUCAUUCAAUAAAGCACAAACCAGCAGAAGAAACUUCAUUAAAGAAAAUAUUAGACAUCUAAGAGAGAUGCAGUUCCGUUUAAAUGAGAAACGAAGCCACACAACUCCUGCAACACUGUUACAGUCCAGAGAUCAGAAAGCAGCAUCAAAAAAGUUGCCACAGUUUCCUAAACAUUUCAACAGAGACAAUAAAACUCCAAGGAGAAAGAUGAAAAAUAAAAUCACACGUCAGCAAAAGAUGUAUCUUCGUAAAGCAACAAGAUCCCAUCUUCAAAAAUCUGGUGAACAUGGAAGCAUAGUUCAUGAUCAGACUUCAUCAACAACAUCUCUUACUUCUGUUCAUGACUCAGGAUGUAGUUCAGCUAGUGAUGAAACUUCAAGAAACUUCUAUGCUGAGACUAAUAAUGAUAGAAAAAUGUAUCAUAUGAGCUCAUCAGAUGACAAAGAGAAUAUUUUAUCUCCUGAUGGGAAUGAAUCCAUAAACUCAAUAAAAAUUAUUCAGAUGCUAAAGUGAUGAAGCAAAAUAUUCUUGCUCCAGAUUCACAAGAUGCUUUGAAUGCAUACUCACCACAGCAACGGAAAGCUUUUGCAGAUUCCUUGAAUGUAAAAAUGACAGCUAAGGCAAUGGCUGCAAUGAAGAAAGUACUUGCACCAUCACCACCAAAUCCUCUAAAAGCACCUCCUUCAUACCAAAAAGGAGUUCUGCCAAAGUA